GACCACGAGCGCGGCUCUGGUGGUAAACAGUAAAGAUGGCGGCCUCCGUGAGGAGAGCUGCGCACGACAUCGAAACGCGAAAACGAACUGACGAUGUGGUUCUUUCGGAGAAUAUCAAUUUCAGCUCUCUGCUUCUGUCCGAGCCCGUGCUCCAGGGCCUGUCCGCUGCAGGAUUUGAGAAGCCUUCCCCCAUCCAGCUCAAAGCCAUCCCCCUGGGCCGCUGCGGCCUCGAUUUGAUUGUCCAGGCUAAGUCUGGUACGGGGAAGACAUGUGUAUUCUGUACAAUCGCGCUGGAUUCCCUGAUAUUGGAAAAUCCUGCAACACAAGUGCUUGUGCUGGCGCCAACGCGGGAGAUAGCCGUGCAGAUUCACUCUGUGGUGAUGGCCAUAGGCUGUGCCAUGGAGGGACUUGAAUGCCAUCUGUUUAUUGGGGGCAGACCUGUGAGUCAAGACAAGGCACAUCUGAAGAAGUGCCAUAUUGCUGUUGGCUCACCAGGGCGUAUCAAGCAGCUUAUCGAGUUGGGCAUGUUGUCUACAGCUAGCAUCAGACUAUUUGUGCUGGAUGAGGCAGACAAACUACUGGAGGAAGGAAGCUUCCAAGAGCAGAUAAACUGGAUAUUCUCAUCUCUGCCAGUGACCAAACAGAUGCUUGCUCUUUCUGCUACCUACCCAGAGUCCCUUGCUCAGCAUCUUACUCGCUACAUGAUUGAGCCCACAUUUGUCAGACUAAACCCCAGUGAUAUGGGCCUUAAAGGUUUAAAGCAGUAUUACAAACUGGUACAGGGUCACCCUUUACCACACAAGGUUUUUGAGGAAAAGGUGCAGCACUUACUUGAACUUUUCAGUAAAAUCCCAUUCAACCAAUCUCUAGUGUUCUCCAACCUCCACACAAGGGCUCAGCAUUUGGCAGAUAUCCUGUCCUCCAAAGGCUUACCUUCAGUCUGCAUCUCAGGUGGCCUGAGUCAGGACCAGAGACUGGAAGCAAUGUCCAAACUGAAGCAGUAUCAGUGCAGAGUGCUGAUCUCCACUGACCUGACUGCCAGAGGUAUAGAUGCAGAAAAGGUAAACUUGGUCAUAAACCUAGAUGUUCCACAAGACUGGGAGACCUACAUGCACCGCAUUGGACGGGCUGGACGCUUUGGCACUCAGGGUCUGGCUGUUACCUAUUGUUGCCAUGGAGAGGAGGAGAAUAAGAUGAUGGCAAUCGCUCAGAAGUGUGGCUUGAGUCUGUUUGCAUUACCUUCCUCCCUGGAACCCAGUUUAAUGGAGGAAGCCUGUGACUGGGAUGUUUGCACUAAGGCUUCCAAUGUAGAUGGGCCGAUGUUCCCUGUUGUCUCCAAGAGUGAGAAAAAACAUAGGACAAAGGAUGUGGUCAUGCAGAAAGAAUCUUCUAUAAAGAGAAGGGACAUUGAUGACAGACCUAAACACAAACUGAAUGAUGAAGAAGAUCUGGACUCACACCCUCAGACUCGGGUAAUGAGUCAGAAACCAUCUAAUCACCGUCCCAUAGUUUCUCAUGAGUCAUCUCGCAAAGAAAAACAAGAGGCUCUCCCUAAGAUCCCACCUUUGAGUUCUUUUAAGACUUAUAACUCUCGGUUUGUAACAUUUGAGGAAGCUGAGUGGGAUUUUCAAAACUUUAUUACCAAAGGUUUGGGUAGAACAGUAGAGGUUAUUAGACAAUAUGGAGGAAGAGAUGAAGGCAGCUCAGAAGACUUGAAUGGACAUACAGAGUCAUUCAUACUUGAUGACAAUAGUGCAAAAAGUGUGGUAGUAACUAGAGAAAAUAGAAGGCAACUAAUUUCACCCUCAGUAUCACCAAGGUCUCAGUCAGACAUGGAGGAAAAUGAAAUUGCAGAAAAUUUAAAUCAAAAUGAAGGAAAUAGUGUUAAAACUACUGUCAUGGCUCCAAACAAAAAUAUUAACAAACCAACUUCAGUCAAACCAAAGAAAGGUUUGCAGAUUGACAGCGUUUCAAGUGACUCCUCAUACUUGAAGAAAGAUAGGGUUAAAACUGGUGUUAAGCGAACAGGUAAGACCGCUGCAAAAGACUCUGAUCAAACCAGUUGUAGAAAGAUCAAAAAAGAAAAACCUAAGCAAAAUAGUUGGGGGCGUAAUAAUACAAGGAGAAAUAGAGAGGCUGAACAUGAGGAAGAGGAGGAUGAGGAGGAGUACAGUACAGAUAGAUACUGGAGCAUGUGGCACAGCUCAUGGGAUCAGUACCAUCCUUAUCAGCAGUAUGCAUACCACAGUUACUACAGUGCAGCUCAGUGGAUGGCAGCGUAUCGAAUGAAUGCUGUGUAUAUAGAAGAGCUCCUUAAGUAUUGACUUUAAAAGGAGAAAACGCACUUAAAUCAUUUUGUUCAAUAAUGACAAGUUUUUGUAAUAAAUUCAUUAGUUUGAAGC